AUGGUUAGUCCCAAUGAUAUGGAUAUAGAUACAAAUUAUUGGAUAGUUAGCGGGGGAAGUGGCGAUAAGGAUAACGAUAGAGAGGUCAAAGAUAGGGAAAAGAAAAAGGACAUAGAUGGAAACAACGAUAAGGAAAUAGGAAUAACGAUGGGGCUAGAAAUUAUAUUAAGUAUAGGGUUUAACCAGCGUCACAUCAGCCCGAGUGAUGCCCAAAAUGUUGAACUGUUACAAUGUACAUUUGUAAGAACUUUAGAACCAUCUUUGAUGCCUUUUAAAGAAUUACCUUACACAUUUGUUGGCGAUGGCGUAGCAAACUGUGAAGAUGGAAGGGAUGAAAGCAUGUGUUCAAGAGAGUUAUACUAUAAGUGUCAGGGUAAACGCGUUUGCGCUGCAUUUAUGCCCAUACGAGGUCCGGAAGAAGUUUGCAUAAAACACGAUCAAAUGUGCGACAAAGUACAAAAUUGUCCUGACAACAGCGAUGAAGAGUUUUGUGCAGACUGUUUAGAAGCUCUUACAGGUGAUGGCGUGUGUUUGCCUAGUCGAUGGUUCCAAACAAAAUCUGAAUUCGACACGUUCAAGCGUUACCCUAAGAUAGUAUUGCCAAAUUUGGAUUUCACUAACUGUAAUGAUAAUGAAUGUUUCUUUCAGAACGAUACUGGCAAACCUCUAACACUUUGCAGCGAAGGAAGUACAGAAACUAUAAAUAGCAAAGGGAUACAUAAACAUAAAUAUGCUGCGAAAUGUCAUUAUUUUUUAGAUCGUAGAAACGCCACUUUGGGUUGUGUUGAUAACUCACAUUUAACAAACUGUACAGACUUUAAAUGCGGACCUGGUUUUUAUAAAUGUAAAAACUCCUACUGUAUUCCAAAUGCAAUGAGAAUGAAUGGUAUGGUCAACUGUCCAUCAGAGGGGGGAUAUCAAGAUGAGGAGGAUCAUGAAAUACACUUCUACUGCCUCCGUGACCCCAACCGCUUCUAUAGUGCGGGUAACUUGUGUGACGGGAGAUGUGACUGUGGUACAGGCUGUGAUGAUGAGAUGCUCUGUCAUGAAAAAUGUCCGUCAGGUUUUAUGUGUCUGUGGGGGGUCACUAAACUGAUAGAUAGAAAUAAAGUUAAUUACACGAAUCUGUAUGACACACUUGAUAAGAAUAUAAAGCUCUUCCGAGCAUCGGGAUUGGAUUUAUCACUUGCUUACGUACCUCGGUAUAUUAGGUUGGACAAAAUUUUAGAACUCCAUUUGUCAAAUUGUAGCCUGGACGAUAAAAAAAUGACAGAAAUUUUACUUGCAAUGAGUGACAGCUUACAGAAAAUUUAUCACAUAGAUCUGAGCUACAACAAAAUCAGUUUUGCAAAUUUCUACGAUUUUUUAGGAUUUUUUGAGUCAUUAAAAAUUUUGAAUUUAUCCCACACAUCUGUUUCCCGACUCGUCAUUCAUAGUUUGGUAACAAGUCUUUUACAGACGAUAGAUUUGUCCUGUACACCACUCGAAUCUUUCAAGUUUUUAAACCCGAGAAGUUCUCCAAUCCUUUACUUAAAUGUUAGCUCGACAAUAGUAAAAACUCUUGAUUGGUUCGACGCCGCUUAUUUACCAACGUCUGUUGGUACACUUGAUAUGAGAAAUACAAACAUAGUUUUUGAUUUGAAAACGUCUGAGCAUUUACAAAAUAUAAAAAUAGACAACAACAUCUAUGGCGAUAGUUACAAGCUUUGUUGUGAAAAAUUUAAGGGAUCCGAAAUUCCCUCUUAUGCAUGUAACGCACCAAGUGACGCCAUAUCAUCAUGUGAAAAUCUGCUUAAUGAUGAUGUGAAACGUUCACUGAUAUGGCUGGUGGCGUUGAUAGGUUGCAGUGGCAAUGCUGUUGUCAUUGGUUACAGAUUUUUCUAUGAGAAACAACUAUUAAAACAAGGCUACAGGAUGUUCGUUACAAAUCUGGGCUUGUCAGAUUUUAUCAUGAGCGUUUAUUUAAUCAUCAUAGCAGGAGCUGAUGUUUACUACCGUGACGACUACGUGUUGUAUGACAUAGAAUGGCGAGACAGUUCACUGUGCAAGGCCGCAGGUUUUCUCGCUACUCUCUCAACUGAGACGUCGUCACUUUUUGUGUUACUUAUCACAUUCGAUCGAUAUGUAAUCUUUAAAAAUACACUUAACACGGUACAUUUUACCCCAAAGAUUUUAAUUAUUGUCGUAGCUCUGAUCUGGGCAACUGGAAUCGCCAUCUCCACAAUCCCCAUUUUGUUUCCUGACUGGCAGGUCUACUCGUCCAACACGAUGUGUCUGGCACUUCCGGUCAAUCUGACCCACCCACUGGGCUGGAUAUUUUCUUUACUUAUUUACAUAGUUUUCAAUUGUAUUAUGAUGCUAAUGAUAAGUUUGGGGCAAAUUUUAAUUUUCAAACAAAUAGCCAUGCCGUCUAACUCUCUGAUAAACACGUCAUCCCACAGGAGACGCGAGAUCACGGUCGCCAAAAACCUUUCUCUUAUUGCCGUAUCCAACGUCCUCUGUUGGAUGCCUGUCUGCGUCAUUGGUCUCCUGUCUGCUGCUGGCUACAUCUUUAGUCCUGGUGUCUAUGGCUGGCUGGCUGUAGCCAUAAUGCCACUAAACUCUGCCGUCAACCCCAUUCUUUACACACUGCCAGUGGCAUAUAAUGCAUUGAAUCAAUCCAGAAAACCAGCGUCGCAAUCAUCUGAAAAAAACAGAUCCCUAAAAAUCAGUAUACCCAAUCCUUCGCAGGAAUAA